AUGCCCUUCAAAAGUCGCGCGGCCGAUAUCUUUCUUCCCCGCGAUAUAACGACCUACCAAUGGCUCUUCGAGCACCCAACGUACAGCCCACUCCACCGCUUCCCUUCCAACGAACUCGGCGGCUAUCACAACGCUAUCACGAAGGAAACCCUCUCCUGGCAACAAGUUAAAGAGGCCGCUACCCACCUCUCCACCGCCCUUGUCCGGAACUAUGGCCUCAAACCCACUGAGACCGUCUCGCUCUUCUCGCAGAACACGAUAUACUACCCUGUCGCUAUGCACGCCACCCUACGAGUAGGGGGGAAAGUGAGCGGUGCAAGUCCGGCGUAUAAUGUAGAAGAGAUGACCUACGCACUACAAAAGGCGGAUGCGAAGUUUCUCAUGACACAUCCGGACUCCAUGGGCGUGGCUAUCGAAGCUGCGGAGAAGGCAGGUUUGAAGAAGGAGAAUGUCUUCAUGUUGGAGGGUGAGAUGAAAGGAUAUAAGAACGUGAAGGACUUGAUAGAGGAGGGCAAGAAGCUGCAGGAGGUGCCGGUAUGGACGAUUCCGAAGGGCAAGACCAAUGGUGAUGUGUGUGGGUUCUUGAGCUUUAGUUCGGGGACGACUGGGUUGCCGAAGGCUGUCAUGAUAUCGCACCAGAAUGUGAUCGCCCAAUGCCUCCAGGUCCAGCAGAUAACGCCUUCAGACCUCACCCGGAUCCUGGCAGUACUACCAUCCUUCCACAUCACGGGCCUCGUCCACGCCCUGCAUCUCCCUGUCCUCCUCAACGCCACCGUGGUGAUGCUCCCAGCCUUUACGAUGAAAGCCAUGCUCGACACCGUGGUCGAAUACCAGCUCAAAGAACUCCUCCUCGUCCCUCCAAUCUUGAUCAGGAUGGUCCGAGAUCCGAUCGUGGAUAACUACGACCUCAGCUUCCUCCGACGAUUUUCUUCUGGUGCAGCGCCGUUGAGUGAGGAGAUCAUCCAGCUGUUAAAGAAGAAGUUCCCGCAAACAGGCUUUAAGCAGGGCUACGGCAUGACAGAGUCUUGUUCAUGUAUCACCGCGCAUCCGCCUAGUCAUUACGACUACAAGUAUGCGCACUCUGUUGGGACGAUAGUGUCGAGUACGACGGUUAAGAUCGUGAAGGAGGACGGCACAGAGGGUGGGAUUGGCGAGCCAGGUGAAAUCUUCGCGAAGGGGCCGCAGAUCGUGAUGGGGUAUCUAAACAACGAGCAAGCCACGAAGGACACCUUCGAUGCGGACGGCUUCCUGCACACCGGCGACCAGGGCAGUAUCGACGAAGAAGGCGUGAUCACGAUCCUAGACCGGAUCAAGGAGAUGAUCAAGGUCAAGGGCAUCGGUGUCGCGCCCGCGGAGCUCGAAGACCUCCUGCUCGGUCAUGAGAAGGUGGAAGAUGUAGCCGUGCUCGGGAUCCAGGACGAGUGGGCCGGGGAGGUGCCCAAGGCCUACAUCGUGCCUCAGUCGGGGUACGAGGGUAACCAGGCGCUCGGGCGGGAGUUGAUUGCGUAUGUGAGGGAGAAGAAGGUGAGGUAUAAGGCGGUCAAGGAGAUUGAGUUUGCGACGGAGAUCCCGAAGAGUGCGAGUGGGAAGAUUUUGCGGAGGGUGUUGAGGGAUCAGUCGAGGAAGGGGGCGACGGGUGUGGUGGUGAGGGAGGAGCGGGCGAAUCUGUAG